CUUUCCCAAAUUCCAAGAAACGGGAAUAGUCAGACGAUAGUGGUCCAUUUAUGCACCAUGGAUUAUUCCAAAGCUUUAUUCUAAUUUCUAACUUCCAUGGAUUCUGUAUUCAUCAUGGAUCAGAAACUCCCCUUCCUUGCAUUAUUAUUAUUAUCCUUCUUCUGCAUAAUUGAAGGACUUAACUCCAGUGCCACAAAAAUCGGUGCUAUUCUUGACCUGGAUUCUCGUAUGGGAAAGGAACAGAAAAUGGCCAUGCAAAUCGCUGUUGAAAACUUCAACAACGCAAAUACUUCUAUUCAUUUCGUGUAUUACAAUCAAAAUACUUCCCUCCAAACUGCCCUUGCAGCUGAAGCAUUAAUUAAGGAGACUAAGGUGGAAGCCUUAGUUGUAGGCAUAGACAGUUGGAAAGCUACAUCUUUAGUAGCACAAGUUGGAGCUUUAUCUCAAGUACCAGUUCUCUCCCUUACUGCAUCACCUCCAAUCACCUCACCAUUCACUUCAAUCCGAUGGCCAUUCCUAGUGCAAUUGUCUCCCAAUACUACCCAAGAAGUUAAUAUCAUAGCAUCGAUCAUCAACAGCUACCAUUGGCGUAGGGUCAUUGUGGUUUAUGAAGAUGAUAUUAGUAAUAAUUACGGUACAAUAUCAUUGCUCACUAAAGCCCUACAAAACUUUGGUAUACAAAUAGAACAUAACCUUGUUCUUCCACCAUAUGCAUCAACUAAUCGUCACCCUAGAAGUGUUAUACAAGAGAAGAUGAAUAAGUUGAUCAAGGCAAAAUAUUAUUCUAGGGUUUUUAUUGUUCUUGGGGUUUCACUUCCUUAUGUUAGCUAUUUAUUCGAGGAAGCACAGAUGAUGGAACUAAUGAGUAGUGAAUCAGUUUGGAUAAUUACCGAAACAAUUUCAAAUUUUCUUCCCUCGUUCACCAAAUCUACCAUGUCGAACAUGACAGGUGUAAUAGGAACGAUGACUAAAUUUGAUAACACUACCGCAGAUUUUGAUGUAUUUGAGGCAAAAUUUGGGACCAAAUUUCUUGACAAAUAUAAAUACGAGAUGUAUCAAGAACCAAAUUUUCAAGCUCUACUAGCAUAUGAUGCCAUCACAACUAUUAUGAAGGCUAAGCAUAGCCUUAACAACACAUGUGAUGAUGCUGCUACUCCUAAGUUCCUCAAAGAGAUUUUACGAGCCAAUUUUACAGGAUUAAGUGGCCAAAUCGUCUUCAACGAAGAACAAAAACUUUUAGCGGAUAAUGCUAACACUAGAUUGGUAAACAUAAACAAUUCAAAUUAUCGGGAAGUAAUGGAUUUUACAAAUGAUGAUGUUAAAGAUAAGAAUGCGAUAAAAACAUUAGCUAGUAAGGUGGCAUGGCCUGGGCAUGUAACGGGUGGCAUUAAUCCCAAAGGAUGGGCGAUGGACACAUUCAGAAUAGCGGUUCCGGUUAAGCAUAAAUACAACAAUUUCAUCGCUUAUGAGAACAAAGAUAUUUGCUUAUCACCAAAUCAUUCGUUUCCGAGUUAUACUAAUGAAGAUUUCAAGGGUUAUUGUAUAAAAUUGUUCCAGGAGGUGUUAAAUAUCUCGCAUUCUGAGGGACUGCAUUAUCAGUUUAUUCCACAUUGUGGUCCAUACGAUGAUAUUAUCAACCAUGUCUAUAACAAGAUGUUUGAUGCUGCAGUUGGUGAUUUUACUAUACUGGCCGCGCGUACCGAACUUGUAGAUUUUACUCUUCCAUACGAAGAAUCAGGAUUAUCUAUCGUACUUCGUGUGAAUGAAUCAUACAAUUCUCCUAGGGCAUGGAUAUUUUUGAAGCCAUUUACGACAAGUAUGUGGGUUGUGAAUUCCUGUGCUUUCUUAUAUACCAUGUUCAUCAUUUGGGCUUUGGAGAAUCCAAAUAACUCUACUUUCAGAGGACCGUGGAGGAACCAACUCAGUACAACCACUUGGUUUGCCCUCAAUUCUAUCUACUUCGCUCAAAGGGAGGCAGUUACCUCAAAAUCAGCUAGAGCAGUGGUGAUAAUUUGGUCACUCAUAGUGUUGAUACUGACCACAAGUUAUACCGCAAAUCUCACAUCCAUGAUCACGAAUGAACGACUCAAUCAAACACCAAUUGACAUAGAAAUGCUCCAGAGAACAAAUGCUAAAGUUGGCUAUGAUAAAUCAUCAUUUAUCAAAAAAUUCUUAGAACCUCUAAAAUUUAAAGAGGAAAACAUGAUUGAGAUGAGAGGUGAUUUUGAGGAGAUCCAUCAAAAAUUUCAAAAUGGAAGCAUUUCAGCAGCGUGUCUUGAAUAUCUACAUGCACAACUCUUUCAAAAUACGUACUGCAACAAAUACAUCAUGACUAAACCAAUUUAUAGAUUCGGCGGCUUUGGAUUUGAUCUCUUUGGUUAUAUUGCUAGUGAGGUCGCAAAGUUUAUUGCCCAAGAAGGUCCAGAGUUUCAACAUCAUUCUGAAAGAGAACGGGAACUUGGUUUUACCCUUUCCUUCCCUGGGAUUGACUGGAGAACAAACAGUGAAUUGCGACUGUCAAGGGCUCUAACAGUUCUUGACAACACAAAUAUCUAUGAUGCUUGUCGCAGAUUGGCUGCUCGCAAAGUAGAUGCCUUAUUGUUGACCGAUGCUAAUGCUUUACUUUGGGAUUUUUAUGGACAAGGAAGAUUCAGACAUCUACCAGUUGUGGAAAAUGGAGAGGUUGUUGCUUUACUUGACAUAGCAAAGUGCUUAUAUGAUGCCAUUGCUUGUAUGAAGAGGGCAAUUGAGAAAGGGAAGGCCAUUGUUGCAGCUGUUGAAGUGUUGAGAAAAAUUAGGGGUCAUCAACUUCUGGUCAAUGGAGAGUAUGACUAUAAAACACUGAUGAAAUGCUAUUAAAGCUAGUUAUGGCAGUAUUUUUUAAGCAUUGAAAUGACAAGGUUGUAAAGUGAAGGAAGCUAAGACUAAGCUUGCUACUCUGUGAGAAUAAUUUAUUUGCUGAUAUUAAGAUUGACUUAUAUAGCUGUACUAA